CGAUAAUGACUCUAUUCGCGUUGAUAUUUCACCAAAAUCUCAAUUAUUGGAUCAAAAUGAUCCUUCAAUUCUCAUUGUAUCCGUGAAAUUUCAGAGUGGAGAAUCAAUUUCACUGAUAACUUCAUUCAGUGGAAAAAUACACCGUCAAUACCUAAGUUUGUCAGUAACUGCUGGAGCAAAAAUGUUCAAUCAGACAACUGGAUUGUGUGGAUUAAUGAACGACUAUGAAAAUGACGAUUUCAAAGGUCCAAAUGGUCAAGAGUUUUCUUCCCAUAUUGAUUUCGUUGAAUCAUGGAGAAUGAUGAAUACUACUCGAAAUAAUGGAGGUCUGUUCAAUUCUUGGUCUUUUACUUUGUCCAACUUUCACAAGGACGACCCGAUGGAUUCUAGUUACACAAAUACAACUCAUAAACCUAUAUACAACCUUGAAAGUGUACCCCAAUCAAAAAUUGAUCUGGCAUCUCAGCUAUGCUCAUCGAACGAUCUUGGAAAUGAUGACAAAAACAAAUGUAUCUAUGACGUUGUUCUCUCUGAUGAUCCAUCAAUAGCGAAGCAAGGUGUUUUAACUUCGAAACAAUGCAAAAAUCAAUGUUCAAAUAGAGGAUUGUGCAAGGAUAAAGUUUGCGUAUGCAUUGAUGGAUGGUCCGGAGAUUAUUGCCAAACUGGGGUGUGUGGAGAAUGCAUAUACGGAAACUGUUCCGAAGGAUUUUGUUCUUGUGACAAGGGUUUCGAAGGACCAAAAUGUGAUAUUGUGGCUACUUGCGAAGGCAACUGUUCAUUCAGAGGAAUUUGCAUUCGAACAGAUGUUUGCGAAUGCGAAGAAGGUUGGACAACAAACAAUUGUUCAGAAGUAGCCAGAUGCCCUAGAGGAUGUUCAAACGAUGGUCUAUGUAUAGCUCAUAAUAAAUGUAAAUGUCAAAAGGGCUAUACAGGAGAAACUUGUUCAGAAUAUACCUGCGAAAGUGUAAACUACUGUUCAAAUCAUGGAUCUUGCAUAGGAUUCGACGUGUGUUUAUGUCAGAUAGGAUGGGAAGGAGAUUCCUGUUCCAGUCCAGUAUGCGAAGAGGAUUGUUCGUUGAAUGGAGAAUGUAUAGAACCGAACAAAUGUCUGUGCAGCGAUGGAUUUCGCGGUGAUAUAUGCGAUAUGUUAGAAGCAUGCCCCGACUUGAACAAUUGCACUAACCAUGGAAUAUGUAGAAAUUCCACAGAAUGUAUCUGCGAUAGUGGAUUCACUGGAAGGAAUUGUAGCGAACCCAAAUGCAAUCCCCCGUGUACAGUCAAUGGUAAAUGUGUUUCGCCCAAUGAGUGCGCAUGCGAUUCAGGCUACACUGGCAAUGAUUGUUCACAAUUUUCAUGCGAAUCGCUGGAUUUCUGUUCCAGUCACGGUAGCUGCGAUUCUUUUGAUCAGUGCUCCUGCGAUCAAUCGUGGUUUGGAGUAACUUGCUCAGAAACUUCUUGCAUAGGCAAAUCCAAUUGUUUUGGGAAUGGUCUUUGCAUUGAGCCGAAUGUUUGUCGGUGCAAGAGAGGAUUUAUGGGAGAUGAUUGCUCACAAGUGGCAUUGCCAAAUAUAGAAAAACCGCAAUUCCUUCAAGAAAAUUAUACAGUCUAUGUUGACGAGUCGAUUCCAACUGAUGAGUAUCUUGUCAGAAUUCAAGCGAAAGAUACCGAUACAGGGUCCACUCAAGGGUUGUUGUAUACUCUAUCCAACAGAAAUAUCUCUGUAAAAAUCGAUGAGAUAACGGGAAUUUUACAAUCAAAUGGAAAGUAUCAACCAGGAAUAUAUCACGUUGAAGUAAUUGCAGUUGAGAAUACACCAGCAAAAUUAUCUUCAACAGCAUUAGUCAUCAUUAAUGUGAAUGAUAUAAAUGAUUGCGCUGUCAUUGAACAUCCUCAAUUCGAUGAUAGAAUAAUCUUACAUACUGGAAAGUUGCAAGGAUCUCUCGUGACGAGAAUAGAAACAACUGAUAAUGAUUUGGGUUCAAAAGGUCAAAUGGUAUAUGAAAUGAUUAGCAUUCCCCAAGAUUUAGGUAUGAUUGGUUUAAGAGAAAAUUCAUCGGAAAUUAUAACCAAAAAAUAUCCUCUGCCAAUUGGAAGGUAUGAAAAUUACGUAAUCGUUUACGACAGAUCCGACAAUCCUUGCACUAGCACAUCUUCAUUCGUUGUAUAUAUUCAACAAGAAGACAAUGCAAUCGAUGCACUUACUACGAACAAACCGGACGAUGAAAGUACAAAAUACGAAUCUACAAACCCAACAAAAACCAAUGCAGUAACAACAGCAACAUCUACUGCAAAACCGAUUGAGGAAAAUUCAAGCAAGCUUUAUUUGAUCAUAGGCAUUUCAAGUGGAUCUGCAAUAGUAAUUCUUACCAUAGCAGCAAUUGUGUUAUGCUUAUACUGUCGAACCAAAGCUGUUAAAUAGUUGUUUUUUAGGAGUAGGCGAAAAAGUUGACCUAACACACACCACAUACCAAUCCACUUUUUAUUGGCACCUUUCCAACUUUUAACAAAUUGCAAUUAUCUAAACACCUUAACCUAAUUAGUCUAUUCUCAUCUGCAAUGUAAAAUUUAACAUUUGACAAUGCUUAAUAACUUUCAUAUGAUUCAAUAAAGUAUUCUUUGGCAAUACUUUACAGUAUGGUAACAAAUCAUCAUAUGAUAUUAGAAAAAAUGAUUUAACAAUUUUCACCUGCAUCUUUUCAAGGUGUUUGUUCUCCCUUCUCUAAUUUUCUUGGUUACCUUCUCAUUUUCAUUUAAAUGGGAUCAUCUAUACCGCUGAGUAGUGUAAAUAUUUAGGUAUUAUAUUCAUAAAAGGAUUAUUAUAGUAAACAAGAAUUUAUCAUAAUUCUCCAAUUUUCAUUCUAGCUCUCUAGAUUUUUAAAUUGCUUUCAAAUUUUUCUUUUGUGACGUCAUCACCAUAGUAAUUGGAUUGCGUCACAUAAAUCAUUUCAGUGGUUAGGGUUAGGGUUAACGGACUCUGAAUCAGUCUGGCCCAAAAAACCUAGAUAUACAAUUAGCCAAUUUGAAUUGAAGAAGGGUUAGUUAGAGAUAUUUUUGAAAAGUUGACUACUACUAGUUUGCUUGGAAGGAUGUGAAUUAACAAAAAAUAAAAUCUACAAUUUUUUUUCAAGAUGAUAUAAACUUUCAAACCUUUAAAUGAUUGAUUAGGAGACUUGUCAAAACAAAUUUUAUCAUUUUUCUUCUCUGUAUUUCCAACAAAGUGGAAGAUGUGCCCAAUUUCUGAAUUGAAUCCACAAUUUUGAAACAAUACUUGUUUCAAUUUUGUGCAGUUGAAUUUAAUGUUAUCAAAGAUAAUUCUUCCAAUAUCACUUCCAAGUGAAUUAUCUCCAAGAUGUAAAAUUGUCAGCUGUGUUUGCCUUCCAAUUGCUUCGCCUACUAUUUACCCAAUUUCUGAAUCAGAUCGGCAAUUUUCAAACCAUAUUUCUUUCAAUUUUGAGCAGUUGAGAUAAAUGUUUUCAAAAAUAUUUCUUCCAACUUCACUUCCAAGUAAAUUACCAACAAGAUUCAAAGAUGUGAGUUGUUUUUGCCUUCCAAUGGCUUCCCCAACUAUUAUGCCCAAUUUCUGAAGCAAAUCCGCAAUUUUCAAGCCAUAUCUUUUCCGAUAGUAAGCAGUUGAUUUGAAUAUUUUUAAAGAUAUUUCUUCCCACAUCACUUCCAAGUGAAUUAUUCCUCAAAUUCAAUGUUGUCAAUUGUGGUUGUCUUCCAAUUGCUUCCCCAAAUGUUUUCCCAAUUUUGGAAUCGAAUCCACAAUUUUCAAACCAUACUAUUUCCAAUUGUGUACAAUUGAGUUUAAUAUUUUGAAAGAUGAUUCUCCCCACAUCACUUCCAAGUGAAUUAUUCCCAAAAAUUCAAUGCUGUCAAUUGUGAUUGCCUCCCAAUGGCUUCACCAACUAUUAGCGCAAUUUCUGAAUCAAAUCUACAAUUUCCAAACCAUAUUUCUUUUAGUUUUGUGCAGGUGAGUAGAAUAUUUUUAAAGAUAUUUCUAAUCAUAUCACUAUUGAGUAUAUUUUCCACAAAAAUCAAAACUGUCAAUUGGGUUUGUUUGCCAACUGUUGCACUCAAUACUUUCUUAAUAGAUAAAUCAUAAACAGAGUUAUAUGAAUUGAAAAUUACAUUUACAAGAGUUGAGAGAUAGUGAAAAAUUGAAUUUUUUACCAGUUUCAAUAGUAUUUUCACCUUGUAAUAGUUCCGUGUACUGAGAAGUUUUACCUAUUGAGUUUAAUAGGAUAGAAAAAACUUCCAAAGUAAUUGUAGUUCAUUGGCUCCAUCUAGUAAUAGUGUUACUUGAACAUUCGUACUCUUUAAAAAGUAUUCAAACAGCUUUUCGUUAAAGUUUGAAUUCUUUGGAAAAUUAUUACGGAAGAGGAACUCGACGAAUUGAGAGUAGGUUAUAUUUGGAACUCUUCCAAGUGGGAAUAUAUAAGAGAAGACAGUCCUCUAAGAAAUUAUUACCAGUAAUCCAAGUAUGUAAAAUCUUCGUAGCAUGAUAAGUUUUACCCAUACCUGCUUGACCCCUAAUUAAAAUUCUUCUUUGACCUUGUUCGCCCUCUAAAAUCUCUAAGAUAGGUAGAAAUUCUUCGGUUAUCAAAUAUUUAAUAUAUUGAUUAAAAAAAUCAUAAUCAUCUUUAUCUUCAUCUUCAACUUUCAAAGAAUAAUCUAAAAUUGAAUUUUUAACAAAACAGGAAAUAAACAUUUUGUCAGAUUCAAAAUAUUCCUUCAUUAUUUUAUAGUAGAAUAUUAAUAAUUCAUUCUUUUCCACCAUUUUUCUUAUCUGAAUGUUCUGAGGAAGAAAAUGAGAGAAUAAACAAGCUCCAACCCUCCUAAUCCUAAUUAGUAGAAAAUUUCUACUUACUUUUCUUACGUAUCACUGGUUUCUGUAUUAGUAUUCAACAGCAUGUGUUGCUGGUAAACAGCUAUGCCUAACUAUGGCAGCAAUAUUGAGAUUUCAUUGAGCAGUGCUCUCACUCCAAUAUCUAAUAUGUAAUGUAAUGAAUAAUUUAAAAAUGAAAGGUGAUGACUUUGUGCUUAGAAUUUAUAUGAAAUAAUUAAUGAAUAGUCAAUUUGAAUAAACAAAAGAUUUGAAUGAGAAAGAGAGAAAGAGAGAGAGAGAGAGAGAGAGAGAGUGUGUGUGUGUUUGUAGAACAAUAACUGUAUAAAGAAGUAGUCUUUCUUCUCUUACAGUAUUCUUGCCAUCAACUACAAACAUUAGGUGUUCUCUCUUUGAGUAGUAUUUCAAAAAAAAGAGACAUUAGACGAGUCUGGAAGGACAAGCAAAUAGUAAACAUUAUUCAACAUCAAACAAACUAAAAGAUAUCUGGAAGAACAAGCUUAAUGAUCUGUAAAACAUUGGCUUUUGAUUGAAUUGACUUCUAAGAGAGAUAGUUAAGAUAUUCAUUUCAACUUCUACAUCUUCUUCAAUUGACAUUUACAGCCAUUUACAAUGACUGUUUAAAUGGCGAAGAUGAAGUGAAAGACUUGAAUUUCGAUUUUUGCAUACACUGUUACAAGCAAUAUAUGUCAAAUUCAACAAUUUGUUACAUCAGCAUUCUCGCUCCAGUGAUCUUCAUGAGAUCUUCUCUUCAUUCCAUUCUCUUGUUUUUGUCAUACCGGCCAUAAAUAAUUCAAGUAUUAUAAUGUAUUGAAUAAAUUGGAAGAUUUUUUUAAGAAAUGACAUUUAUAUCAAACUUGUAUAAUA